UCACUCAUUCAAUCCCCACAAAACACUCUUUCUCUGUUGCACCUCAGCCCCUCAACUUGUUCUCUCUCUACUCUAUUCUAUUCUCUUCUCUCUACUACUUUGCCAAUCCCACUUUACUUUAGCUCGGUGUUCCUAGGUUAUGCCUGCCAAAUUUCUCCGUCAGUGUUCUCUGUUUCAACGAAGUUGGUGCAACUACGCCAGCUGCUGAAUGCUGACAGCAGUGUUCAGCUUCUACAGUUUCCUGCAAAUUCUUCUUUCUUAGUUGUUUUCUUUUGCUCAAAGAGCUGUUUCUUUUCCGUUUUAUGGUAUCUCUCUCUGUCUACACGUCCAUAGUCUAAGACCAUAUCCCCUCGUGGAAUCUAAAAAAUGUUACAACUAAGUACUCAUUAGUUGUUCUAAGUUCUGGGGCCGACAUCUCUGAACAUCGUACCCGCCGUCUGUUUCCUUAACGGACUAUGAUUUGGGACCUGCCUGUCCUCGUUACAUCACCACUCCCACCUUCCUGGCUCCAGUUCCAGCUCUCCAAGCAAACUGCUAUCUGCUGUUAAGAAAUGUCGGAGAAAAUUGGAUUGGCAAGAGAUCUAAAAGUGAAGUGAAAAAGAGUCUGCAUAGAAGAGAAUCGCCGAGAAAUUAUCCACGACGCAUUCUAUGAUUACUUUCUGCUUGUUUGCAGAAGCACAGAAAGAUUGAGAGAGAAGUAGCUAGAAGCCCAUCCAAAAAGAUUUUCUUGAGAAGUAAAACCAAUCUGAGAUACUCAGUAGAAGGCGCCUGUUAAUAUUUAUGACAGCCUCAGCACCAUUCCCUUGAUGUAAAUCUCAGCACAGGAAGGGAAAGUAAUAUUCCGGAGAAAAAGAAAAUGAAGAAAUUAUGGAGGGUAAUGGUAUGCUUAUCAUCACAAGAACAAGGCUUGACUGGAAUCUUUGGUUUAUUGUUGUUGCUUCUAUUCCACCAUCUCGUCAUGUGGGCAGAAGCCAGACAACUGGUUUCAGGGCAAAAGCAAAGCAAUGAUGAUGUGAUCAAGUUGAUGGCUUUCAAGCGCUUCUCCGUUACCUCUGAUCCUCACGGUGCCUUAGCCAACUGGACUGAUGAUUCUCCCAGCCCCUGCUCAUGGCGUGGCGUCUCCUGCUCUCCUGAUGGCCGUGUUACUGCUCUGAACCUCAGUUAUGCAGGCCUCGUUGGUGGCCUGCACCUCCCUAACCUAACGGCCUUGUCUGCUCUCCGUGAUCUAUAUUUGCAAGGAAAUUCAUUUUCUGCUGCUGAUCUUUCUGCCUCCACUGCUGUCUCAUGCAAGCUUGAAAGGCUUGACUUGUCCUCCAACACCAUCUCAAACCCUCUUCCGGCACAAUCAUUUUUGGCCGCGUGUAAUAGUCUAGCUUAUGUUAACCUGUCUCGCAAUUCAAUUUCUGGGGGUAGUCUUAUUUUUGGUCCUUCUUUGCUGCAGCUUGACCUCUCUCGUAAUCAGAUUUCAGAUUCUGCCCUGUUGACUUACUCCCUCUCUAGCUGCCAGAAUUUGAAUCUGCUCAAUUUUUCAGAUAAUAAGCUUACGGGAAAACUUAGUAUCGCUCCCUUGUCUUGCAAAAAUUUAAUUGUUCUUGAUCUCUCAUACAAUCUUUUUUCUGGACCGAUACCACCGAGUUUCAUGCCAGACUCUCUGGUUUCUCUCAAGCAUCUCGAUCUCUCCCACAACAACUUCUCUGGCAAGUUCUCCAGCCUAAAUUUUGGGCAGUGCAGCAACCUUACCCAGCUCAGCUUGUCUCAGAACAGCCUUUCUGACUCUGCGUUCCCAGUUAGCCUCAGAAACUGUCACCUUCUAGAGUCACUUGACUUGUCCCAUAUUGGGCUGCAGGACAAGAUUCCAGGGGGCUUGUUGGGAAGUUUCAAGAAUUUGAAGCGUCUAUCUUUAGCUCAUAAUCAGUUUACUGGUGAAAUCCCUCCAGAGUUGGGACAGGCUUGUGGAACUCUCCAGGAGCUUGAUCUGUCAUCUAACAAACUCACGGAUGGAUUGCCUCAGGCUUUUGUUUCAUGCUCUUCUUUACAAAUUCUGAACCUAGGGAAUAAUCUACUUUCAGGAGAUUUCCUCAGUGCAGUUGUGAGCACUCUCUCGAGUUUGAGAAAUCUCUAUGUACCAUUCAACAAUAUUUCUGGUUCUGUGCCCUUGUCACUCACCAAUUGUACUCAGCUUCAAGUGCUCGACCUCAGCUCUAAUGCCUUUACAGGGAAUAUCCCUCCAGGAUUUUGCUCUUCAACCUCAGCUUUGGAGAAGAUCCUUUUAGCCAACAAUUAUCUCUCAGGAAGUGUGCCCGUGGAGCUUGGAAAUUGCAGGAACUUAAGGACACUAGAUCUUAGUUUCAACAGCUUGAGUGGUCCUAUUCCCUCAAAUAUUUGGAAGUUACCGAAUCUUUCUGACCUGGUUAUGUGGGCAAAUAACCUCACUGGUGAGAUCCCAGAAGGCAUUUGUGUCGAUGGAGGAAACCUGGAGACCCUGAUUCUCAACAAUAAUCUUAUCACCGGAAGCAUUCCAAAGACUAUUGCCAAGUGUACCAAUAUGAUAUGGGUGUCACUUUCUAGCAACCACCUUACAGGAGAAAUCCCUUCUGGUAUCGGAAAUCUUGUUAAGCUUGCUAUCCUGCAACUAGGUAACAACUCUCUGACUGGACAGAUUCCACCAGAGCUUGGAAAAUGCCAGAGCCUCAUUUGGCUUGAUUUAAAUAGCAAUGACAUCUGGGGGCCUCUCCCACCUGAGCUUGCAAACCAAGCUGGCCUAGUGAUGCCUGGAAGUGUUUCUGGGAAGCAAUUUGCAUUUGUAAGAAAUGAGGGUGGAACAGCUUGCAGGGGUGCUGGAGGUUUAGUUGAGUUUGAAGGAAUACGAGCAGAAAGGCUUGAAAGUUUUCCCAUGGUUCACUCUUGCUCAUCAACAAGAAUUUACUCUGGCAUGACAGUAUAUACCUUUACUAACAAUGGCAGCAUGAUCUACCUUGAUGUCUCCUAUAAUAAUUUGUCAGGUAGUAUUCCUGAGAAUUUUGGUACAGUGAGCUAUCUCCAGGUCUUGAAUUUGGGACAUAAUAAGCUAAUGGGAAAUAUUCCAGAAAGUUUUGGCGGUUUGAAAGCUAUUGGUGUCUUGGAUCUCUCUCAUAAUAAUCUCCAAGGAUAUCUGCCCGGUUCAUUAGGGACUCUUACUUUUCUUAGUGAUCUUGAUGUAUCCAACAACAACCUCACUGGUCUCAUCCCUACUGGAGGUCAGCUGACCACUUUCCCAGCAUCCAGAUAUGAGAACAAUUCUGGACUUUGCGGGGUGCCCUUGCCUCCUUGUGGUCCUGGAGGUCAUCCAACAAACCUUCACUCUCGGAAUAAGAAGCCGUCUGUGGCAGUUGGGAUGGUGGUUGGCAUCGCAUUCUUUCUUUUGUGCAUCUUUGGACUUACAUUAGCUCUUUAUCAAGUGAAGAAGCACCAGCUUAAGGAGGAACAGAGAGAGAAAUACAUUGAAAGCCUACCAACUUCAGGUAGCAGUAUCUGGAAACUCUCCAGUGUCCCUGAGCCUUUGAGCAUCAACAUUGCCACUUUUGAGAAACCGCUACGGAAGUUGACCUUUGCCCAUCUGCUUGAAGCUACUAAUGGUUUCAGUGCAGAUAGUUUGAUAGGGUCUGGAGGGUUUGGUGAGGUCUACAAGGCUCAACUGAGAGAUGGCAGUGUAGUUGCAAUUAAGAAGCUAAUUCAUAUCACAGGGCAGGGAGAUAGAGAGUUUAUGGCAGAAAUGGAAACUAUUGGGAAGAUCAAGCAUCGGAACCUGGUUCCUUUGCUGGGUUACUGCAAGGUUGGGGAAGAGAGGCUUCUUGUGUAUGAGUACAUGAAAUGGGGAAGUCUGGAGUCUGUUCUUCAUGACAAGGCCAAAGGAAGAGGGUCAAGGCUUGACUGGGCAGCUAGAAAGAAGAUUGCGAUAGGGUCAGCAAGAGGUCUUGCAUUCCUUCAUCAUAGCUGUAUUCCUCACAUUAUUCACCGGGACAUGAAGUCUAGCAAUGUACUGCUUGAUGAAAACUUUGAGGCUAGAGUUUCUGAUUUUGGCAUGGCGAGAUUAGUAAAUGCCCUUGAUACUCAUCUUAGUGUGAGCACACUUGCAGGAACGCCAGGAUAUGUUCCCCCAGAGUACUAUCAGAGUUUCCGGUGUACUACAAAAGGUGACGUCUAUAGUUAUGGUGUCAUACUGCUAGAGCUUCUCUCUGGCAAGAGACCUAUAGACACAUCUGAGUUUGGCGAUGACUACAACCUUGUAGGAUGGGCAAAGCAGCUUCACAGAGAGAAGAGAAUUGAUGAGAUAUUGGAUCCUGAGUUGAUGACACAGAAAUCUGGUGAGGCAGAGUUACACCAGUAUUUGAGGAUUGCCUUUGAGUGCCUUGAUGAUAGGCCCUUCCGCCGUCCAACCAUGAUACAGGUGAUGGCAAUGUUCAAAGAGCUUCAAGUUGAUUCAGAGAGUGAUAUCCUCGAUGGUUUCUCACUCAAAGACAACGUUAUAGAAGAAUCAUGAGGGAAAGAACCUUGGAAGUACAUCCAACUUUGACUGGAGUGAAAAGGUCUUGUUCCUGCCAUCACAUGUAGUGAGGCUGAGUUUGCAGAUGCAGUCCUACAAGUUGGAUUUCUGAUAUUGGAGAUAGGCUUCAUUGAUAAGUUUUUGCUUAGUGUAAAUAAUAGAAAACACUGAAUGAGACAGAGAAGUUCAAAGAAAACAUGGGGGGAAACAAAGUAAUGGGGUCUUCAGUUGCUGAAACCUGGGUAACAUAGAUUUUCUUUCCUUUGAACAUCCUCUCUGUCACCAAAGACUUCAAAACUUUGCUCCUUUUCCAUUAGCUUGGUUUUCCUGCCACAAUUUUGCUAACUGAUAUUUACUCUUUAUAUGUUAUAAUUGGUCAGUUGUUCUUUGUAGGAAGUUCGAUGUAAGAAUUGAGAAGACAAGACCAUCCUGUAAAGUUUAAUAGGAGCAUUAACAGUAUAGUACUGGAAUCACAAUUGUAUCAUUUGCAUUUAGUUUAGUGAGCAAUCGCAGAAUUAUGUUGGCAGUUGAAUU